CCAUAUGGCGAGGACGUCGACGCGGCGCGGCUCCGGCGCUGUCAGUCCGGUGUUUGACGCGAGGCCGGCCGGUGUACGCGGACACACGGCGGGGCAAGCCAAGCUGCAAGCUGCGAUAUCGGCCCCGAGUGUUCACCGCCGCCCCGGUACGGAGGGUAAAUAAAUACGCUGCGCUCGUCGCGAUGCGGUAAAACGAACCCGGCCGGUUCCAGAAGGUAUCUGAAGCAUGCAAGCGGGGACGGCGCAAAACUGCUCGGUUCUUUCGGCGACGCUGCACAGCAAAGAGUGAAACCUGCGCGCUUUUGGCGCGUUCGAUCGAGCGAGUUUGGCGUGUCCCGUCCGUGUGUACGCGGGCAUGUUUCCCAGCAGCAGCCGAUCCACCGCGCCGUACUUUUCCACACUGUGCCCCCGCCGCGGCCCUCUACCUGCCGCGGAGUAGACUGUCCGAAGCUCAGGUGACCCGACACCCCGAAAGCCAUGGGAGGGAAUCUGGGGUGCCACCGGUCCAUACCCAAAGAUCCGACCGAUUUCAGCAACGGCAAGCGCAAAUUCAGCGCGGCGUGCAACUUCAGUCACAUCUUGGUGAACCAGGAGCGGCUCAACAUCAACACGGCCACCGCGGAGGAACUCAUGACCCUGCCCGGAGUGAACCGCGUUGUCGCGCAGAACAUAGUGGAGUACCGCGACUGCAUCGGGGGCUUUAAAAAGGUCGAGGACUUGGCUCUGGUGAGCGGAGUCGGGGCUACGAAGCUGGAGAUAAUCAAACUGGAAAUAUGCGUCUCGAGUCGGACAAGUUCGUCGCAGCACUCGCCGUCGUCGCUGCGGAAGGACUCGGAGCACCUGUCGUGCACCGGCAUCAACAUUAACACCGCGACCCCCGCGCAGCUCCAGAGCAUCCGCGGCAUCACGGAGAAAAUGGCCAAGAACAUCGUGGCCUAUCGGGCGGAGCACGGCCCGUUCAAAAGUAUCGAAGACCUGGUGAGAGUCAGUCACAUCAACAGCUCGCUCCUGGAUAAAAUCCGCUUCCAGGUGUUUGUAGAGCGCUCCAGGACACAUUCCACUAACACCAACGGGGGGCUGACCUACACCACCAAGUCCCACCCCAGCCCGACCUCCUUAAGUCUCAAAAGCGAUGAUCUGGAUCUCCCACCCGGUGGGCCCAACCAGAUCAUCUCUGUGCGGACCAGUGUGGAGCCUCCUUCCGGCACGAGAGACGGCAAGGCCGUGCUGCGAGUGGCCACCUGGAACCUGCAGUGCUGCUCCUGUGACAAGGCCAACAACCCCGGUGUGAAGGAGGUCGUGUGCAUGACUCUGCUGGAGAACGACAUCAAGUUACUAGCGGUCCAGGACUUGCUGGAGCGGGAGGCCCUUGAUAAGUUCUGUCUGGAGCUGAACCAGGGCUCGCUGGCCAGCGUACGCAAGUGGAGAGGACCGCGGGGCAUCUGGAAGAGCGCGGUAUCUGAGAAGCCCACAGGACACUCCAGCAAGGGAGUGAGCUACUCUGGUUUUUUGUGGGAUAGCUCCUCUGGUAUCGACCUGAAGGAUGCCACUGUCCUGGAGAGCCCCGUCACCAAUGGCAAUGGGAAUCAUACUUACCCCCGACUCUACCUGGCUCACUUCUUUAUCGGUUCAUCCGAGCUGACGCUGGCGAACCUCAACAUGAGAGCCACGGCCCAGUCAGGAGAAACCAACGGCAAGAAGCACGACCUAGACGAGCCCAGACACCAACGCCUCUCGCCCAGCAUCCAAGAAACACUCAAAGGUGAGAGGGAUCUGGUGGUGCUGGGUCAUUUCGGCAUGCCGCCCCACAGCACUGAGCUGGACGUCCUCAGGAAAGAGAAGCUGUGUGCUCUGCUGCCGUCCAGCCAGUUCACCAACAUCAGCACCCGCUCGCCACAGGGCUCCCGCUGCCUGGACAACAUCUGGCUCAGCCGGCCCCUCAAGAAGCUCUACACAGGUCACUUCCUGGUGCUGCGGGAGGGCCUCACCAAUCCCUGGAUCCCUGACAACUGGUCGUGGGGUGGAGUGGCGUCCGGUCACUGUCCCGUCGUGGCGGAGUUCUUCGUGGACGCGUGCCCUAAGGAGCUGAGCAGGAACGGGGUGGCGGUGGUGGAGCGAGGAGAUGUAAUGUCCAAACACGAGCGGUGACGACGCACGCACAACAAAAGACAGAUUCAGGUCAUUUCAGGGCAGAUUCCAAAACAACUUUUUGGGGGGGGGGGGGGACUUUAUCCUGCUUGGAUUCUGCUUCGUCCUGGUUUACGAAGAAGCCCGAUCAAUGCGAAGAAGUGCCAAGAUUGCCUUUUCUCUUUUUGUUUCGUUUUAUCAGUGUAUAAUAGUUGGUGUAAGCAGCAGAUCUAUGGAAAUGUUCUAAAUAAGUUUAAACAGAUGCAGUACUCUCAUUGGUGUGUGCCAAACAUUUUCUAAAUGUGUAUAUGAUAUAAAUAAAGUUGAAAUGUUCCA